UAUAUACAGAAGAAGAGAAAUGACAGAAAGCGGCAAAUAUGGUAAAUAGGAGGAAAAGAGAUGGGCGUUUCCAAGAUUUUAGUAUAACCAAAUUGAAAGAGGACUCUGUCCGCGUCCGGAAAUACUAACAAAUCUCUCUCUUCUCAUUCUCUCUCACACAGUCACACAGAAACCAACAAACAAAAGUUGUGCAACUUGCUCAGCCCACUUGCUCUCAUUGUCCGGCGUAAGCUCUGCGUUUUUAUUCAAUUCCAAUUUUGUUCAAUUUUUCCGCCCCUUUUUCCCCCUUCAAUUUUUAUUAACCAGACCCCCACCACCACCACCUUCCCCUUUUUUUUAGUCAUAAAAGUUUCUCCGAGGAAAGAUCAAACUAAUGCAACUCCCCCAUUUUCUCUCUCUUGUCUCUUUGUUUUCCUUCUUCAUUAAGACCCCCCUAUAUAAUCCAACCAACCCCAUCUAUCCAUUUCCCCCAUCUUUCCCCCCCAUUUUUAUUUAUUCUUCUCUUUUUUCUCGUACUCCUCCUUUGUUCCAUUCCUCAUCGAUCACAUCAUCUUCUUCUUCUUCUUCUCCUUCACCUGGGCUGGAAAUUCAAGAAAGCAAGAAAUACGGAAGGUUUUGGAGUUAAUUAUCGAGUUUUUGAGAGGAACUUUUUAAUUAUCUGUGAAGAGUUAAUCAUAGUGGAGCAAAAAUGCCUAUGCCUUCAUCCCUUCAAAUCCACCGAAUCAACCCUCCAACCACCGGUACGGCGGCGGUGAACAGCUACCAGAGCAAGCCCACGUGGGUGAUCCCGGUGCCGAUUUCCGUGCCGGAGAACGUGAUGCACUGCCACACCCACGCCGUGGGCCCCGACCAGUGCUGCUCCGCCGUCAUCCAGACCAUCGCGGCCCCCGUGGACACGGUUUGGUCGGUGGUCAGGCGGUUCGACAACCCACAGGCGUACAAGCACUUCCUCAAGAGCUGCCACGUCAUCGUCGGCGACGGGGACGUCGGCACACUCCGGGAGGUCGAGGUGAUCUCCGGGCUCCCCGCCGCCACCAGCAGGGAGAGGCUGGAGAUCCUCGACGACGAGAGGCACGUGAUGAGCUUCCGGGUGGUCGGCGGCGAACACAGGCUCAACAAUUACAGGUCGGUCACCACACUGCACGCCACCGCCGACGGCAGCGGCACGGUGGUGGUGGAGUCCUACGUCGUCGAUGUGCCACAAGGGAACACCGAGGAAGAAACCUGCACCUUUGUCGACACAAUCGUACGGUGCAACUUGCAGUCCUUGGCUCAGAUCGCUCAGAAACUUGAUAGGAAAAUCAGUAAAUCAUCAUCCUGAAAUUUGAAAAUGUUUCUUUUUUUUUUUGGCUUGGUUGUUGUGGAGGGGUUUUUUGUAAUUUUGUUGAUGGGUGAACAGACAGAUAUGAUGAGUUUAGUUCUUUGGACAACUUUGUAGAUCAAUGGAAUUGGAAGGAAAUCCAAAUCCCAGAAGAAGCGUACUUUGGAGGAAAAAAAAAAAAAGAAAAAAGCGGUAGGAAUGAUAAUCAUAGUAGCUAGUGCAUGCAUGGAUUCUGAUCUCAAAAGCUGUUGAAGGUGAUUUCAUUAUACCAAAUCCAAUGAAUUCAUGUUCUUGAUCAGUACCAUCAUCAUCAUCAUUGGUUUUUUCAUUGCUUGUACUAAUUAUCCCAUAUUUUGGUCGGUCACCAUUUCUGUACAGAUAUUCUUAAUUACUUCAUCCCUUUAAUAUCAUCGUUGUCUUGUUUUCUUUUCCAGUUUGACGAUCAUUCGAUUUUUUUUUUUUUCUGAUAUAAAUAUAGGCUCUGGCUUUCUUUCAACCAUAUAUAUGUAUAUUUAUUCGUCUUUCUUUCUAUUUUGAGUCACUCUUCAACUACAUCUAAAAUAUCUUCAAUGUGUGUGAAGUCCACGUAAUUAAUUUAGAAAAACUUUUCUUUAAUCUGAAAUGCCUUUCUCAUCAAACUUGUAAGUUGUGAAUAUUGAAGAUUAAUAAUGUUAAUGCAUUAAUGUAGUUGGCCUAUAAAUGGUGCUCUUGCAUACGUUGGCAAACGUUGUACUAUUUCUUCCAAUCUCAAAUUGAGAGGAAUAUGUACAUUGAAAUGUAAUUCUUGCGCUGUGACGUCUUCUUCUAAUUAAUUAAUUUAAUCUUAUUCUUGUGAUAUCGAUUAUUGUUUAUACUUCGGUCAAG